AAUGUUUCCGUCGCUUCUUUAAACUUCAAAUCGACCGUAUUAAAAGACAAAAAUUUUAUUUUUACACUUAAAGAUUUUGGAAUUUUUUGUUCUUACUUUACACUCAUGUUUGUACUUUGUUGUCACGUUUCACAUUCAAAUUUUGUUUCUUUUUUUUUUAAUUUCCUUCAUUAAGGGGUGGCUGUAUCGCUUUCGUUAAUGUUUUUGAAAAUAUUUACUAAUUUAUAAAUUUCAGUUUGUUAUCUCUUAAGGCUUUAUCGACUUAACGUAUAGAUCUGAAGACUUAGAAAGAAAAACAUGAUCUAUGACAGAGAGAGAGAGAGAUAUUUUACAUUAAAAAAGGAGUGGUUAUAAUAGUUUAAACCUCUAGUCAUUUUUAAAGUAGGUGUUGAAUAUUUUUAAUAAAUAUGGAUUUCGAAAACACUGUACGAGAUCUCUGCGUUGGGCUUACUGCUUCACGGGCGACAGACCGAAAGAGAAGUGCAGAAUCAUUAAAAGAUUUUCUUUCAAGGAAUGCUUUGGGAGCUGUGUUAACGAAAAAUACUCUAAAGAAAUGUGGAUUUACAUGGAGUAAUCUAUUCAAUGACAUUAAUGACUACAUACUUAAGGAAACAGAAAAUUUUGAAACAUCUAAAACAUUCAACAAUGUGACAGGACCUUUAUGUGCAAGUUUACUUCACUUGUGUAUUUCUGGUGCUAAUAAAGGUAAAGCAUAUAUAAAUUGUGAUGUGAUUAUAUCGGCAUCUUUAAAUGUUUUGAAAGAUACUCGACUAACAAAAGCUAUUGGAGAUGCAUAUUUCAGUAUGCUGUAUAAAUAUGUUUUGCCACAUGAUUAUUAUUUAAGCUUCAUCACUGCAAGUAAUUGGGAAGAUCUUCUUGAUGUUACUAUUGCUAUGUGCCGUUCAAAUUCUUCUACAUUGGAUGACUUUACAAAGUUGAGGAUAGUCUGGCUUAUUCUCAAGACUGGACGAGAAUAUUGUCAACUUGUAAUACCCAUGAGAGAUAGUUUAUCAAAAUUAAAGAAAUGUUUCCUCAAAAUUGUGAAUGACAAAAAAACACAAGAAGUAAUGAUUGAAAUUAUGAUUAUACUGUUGAAGACGCUAGCGUCAGAAAGCCGCUUGGAGAUGUGCGAGUUCACUGAAAAUGUCUUAAGCUCAUUGUUAAAUUUUUAUGAUCAAAAUAUUGACCAAAAGAGAAAGUGCUCCUUUUUUGAGUUGUUGGAACUAAUAAUAGUUCUUCAUCAUCCAAAGGGAACAUUACAGAAAAAUGAAGGCAGUUUAGCGCAUGACUGGCAAAUUUGGAAUAAACAUUUGAAUAGUAUUUUGGAAAUUAUAUGCCUAGAGGUUACUUUUUUACAGAAACUUCGCAAACAAAUUGAUGUAUAUAUUAAACAGUCCAGUCAAUAUUUUUCUCUAUCUGCAUCAGUUUAUUAUCAGAUAUUUAAUUUGUCUUUGGAUGUCGAAGAAUCUACAUCGGAAAAUACACCGAAAAGGCCAAGAAUGACUGUUAAUAAGAAUAAAACAUUUAGUGAUCUCAUAGUAGAAUUUCAACAUAAUCAUAUUCCAUGGUUGGGUAUAAUAUAUAAGUUUAUUGAAAAAUAUGGUGAUACAGUAUCCACAGCUGACUAUUUGUCGUUGUUGUGCAUAAUGGAAAGUUCAAUAUCAAAGGGUGUUUACAGUUUCGACUGUGAGAUUUUCGAGGCGUUAUGUUGUUUAAUUAUAAAGACUAUGAAUGACCGUUCGGACAGAGAUAAUGACGAGCACUUUGUCUUAUUGUGGAAGGCGUGUGUAAGACAUUCAACAACUGCAACUGCCAUGCAAAGAAUGUUACAUACAGUCAUGCAAUUAUUACUGGAAUCCACAAAAUUAACAUACCAAAAUGUACAACCGUUAAUUAAAUUAUAUAUUGAAAAAGGCAUGCCCGUCAAUAACCACAGUGUAUGCACCUUAAAUAAAAUAAUUCAAAAAUUUUUCAAUAAAUGUAGUCAAUUAGACACUCGUUAUAAAUGCCUUUCGUGGCUAAUGGAAGGUUCAAUUACCUCUAUUAAUGUGAUUUGUUUGCAAGAACUGUUGUGGAGACUCGUGGCAAAUGAAAAUAUAUUUCUACGACAGACCCUUUUGGCGCCUUCGGACUGUGAUAAUUUGUAUGAUACAUUAUUUGGCUCCACUGAAAGGUGCAUAUUAUUUAGCGAAUUUCAAUUGCAUCUAAAAUCUGAACCAGUUUCUGAUAAUAAAGAUAUAGAUGAAAACAUUGAAGCAAAUAUUGAAAUGCAUAAUGAGAUAUGUAAAUAUUUAGAACAUAAAAUGUCUGAAAAUACUUCCAAAAUCAAUGAGAAUGAUAUUGAAUUGUUAGAAUAUGUUAAACUUGUCAGACUUGUGUUAGCUUACUUAGAUGUCACGUUGAAGAAUGAUGUUGUAAAUCACAAUGAAAUAAUAGAGAUUCAGGUGUAUGGUCUAUUAAAAGAAUCACUUAAGCUGAUGUAUGUGACAUUAGUUAAUAUGUUAAAAGAUGAUAACGUCCUAAAUUUACAUAAAAAUAUUGUUACAAAAUAUGUACAAGAACUGGUUGUUUUUGAAUAUGAUUCUCUGCUUUGUGCUGAGGUACGCCAAUGGAUGGGUGAAGAGCUUUUUCACUGCAUUAUGGAGAUCUUGAAUAGAGAAAGUGCCACCGAUGAUGACAUUGAAGAAUGUGAAAAGGAUGAACAAGAAACUAGUUUCGCUGGUUUGAAACGAAAUUGUAUACUUCUUAUUGCGGCUUAUUGUAGAAAACAAGAAAAUUAUAGAAAUGAAUUAUUAGAUACAGUAUUAGAACCGAAUUUGUAUAAUUUUACAUGCCAUUUGGAUGUUCAGUGUGCAUUUCAAUGUAUCGAAUUAUUAACUGAUGCCAAAGUAGAGGAAGCUCCAAUAGAUUCAGUUUUUAAUCUUAUGAAAUUCAUGUGUAAAGACUUGUUUAGAAAUCCCAAAGCAACUUUUGGAUUGGUAAAAAUUUUAAACUGUAUGCUUGAUCGUAUAUGGUCUCGAGACAGUAAUACGAAACAAAAUUGUUUUAUUAUGGUCAAGAGUUACUUGGAUAGAUGUAUCAAAUUAUAUUAUCCUCCACAUGUGGCCGGACUGAUUUACAAAAGUGCAGCAAAAAUAGUCGCAUUGAGUCUGAAACAUGACAUGAAUCCUAAAUAUGACAUCGAAUCGUUCAAGACGAUCUUAAUUGAUAGAACAAAAGGAGAUAUCCACUGCAUCCGUUUGCAUUGUGUUUAUUUGUUGAAAUUGUUGAUUGUUGAUUUGUCUUAUUUUGACAUUGACUCAUACUUAAUUGGAUUAGAAGAUAUAUUCACAGUCAAUGUAUCACACAGAAGAGAGUUAAUUCUAACAGAUGAAUCAGCGAAUCGUACUUCGACCGUAAUGCACAGUUUUCUAGCGAUAGCACAAACAAACAGUUCAUUAUUACGUAAAAUAAUCACAUUGACAUUGCAGACGCAAAAAGAAAAAUCUUUGGAUUUAAAUUUGGUCAAGAAGGUACUAAAUAUAAUAACUCGUACUAUUGCUAGUACCGAUCUAGACGUAUACUUGAACAGUAAUGUACUGUCGAUAUUGAAUUUUUGGUUUUGCAAUCAAUAUAGCAUAAACGAUUUGCCUGCACCUUUAUUCGGGAUGGAUACCAUAGAAGAAUUCGUACGGACGCAUAUGAAAUGGGUUGUAGCGGCUGAAAUAUUGUGGCACAAUGGUGGCAAUAUAAAAUCUAGUGAUCUUGUGAAAGAAAUUAAAAAUAAAUAUGAAACAUCAGAGGAAAGAAUUAUUGAGGACUGCUUUUGUAAUAUCAUACUGUUAUGCCUUCCAUAUAUUACCGCAAAAAAAUAUGGAUUAGAUGAUUUGAAAACAAGAAAUCCAAGCCACUAUCAAUCCAUGACAACGAACGCUCAUAAAUUAUUUCAAACCACCAGAAAUAUUUUAGAUAAUGACAAAUGGAGUAAUUUAUUUGUGGAAAAUAUAGCAGAUUUGUUGUUGCUAACAGCGACUCAUUUGAGUGAUAAUAUAGAAGCUGGACAAAAGUUUGGCAUAGAACUUGCUCAACAUACGGAGACAUAUUACUACCCAAAGAGAAUAUUCUCUGCCAUACUUACGUAUUUUGGGGAAUUGACUGAUGAAAAUAUCUUAAAAUAUAUGUGCGAUAACCAACCAGUGGUCAUAUUCAAGACAUUAUUCAAAUUGUGGGAAAAUGUAUUACAGGAGAAUGUGUUUGAAUAUAAAAUAUUGUUGUUAAAUACAUUCCUAACAUUCAUAGAUAUCAUUCCAUUGGGUCAUCACUCUGAUGCAUUUGUAUGUAAUUUUGUGUGCAAUAGUUUAGGGCAAGCAAUAAAAAAAUCAAAAAACAAAAUGGAAGUAAAAAUAUUAGCUAAUUCAUUAAAAAUUGUACUAAAUAAAUAUAUCCCGGAAAAAGUAAACGACCUGCGUACGACCAUAUCUCAUUUAUUAGCCAUUUUAUUAAUAAAGAAAGAAGAUGGUUAUGAAGAAGAUUUUGAGUUAUUAUUAAAUUAUCUAAUAGUAGACAUGAAAGAAUAUUUGAAGGAAAGUGAUGAUGUUGUUGAUUACAUACAAUCAAUGUCUCAAGGUAUUAUUGAAAAUGAUACUUGUUCUACGAAUACUGAAUUUUUAAAUCGGCUUAGAACACAUAGACUGGGCUUGAAGUGUCCAAGCCAUGAAACCCUAGUAAAAAUGUCAAAUUUUUUGAAAAUGAAUAAGCAAUAUGUGGAUGAUUUAUGUAUAGAAUUGGAUGCAAGAGGGUUUUCAGAAAAUUGUGAGACAAGUAUAAUUCACCAGAUUAUAAAUGAUAUCAGUAACAUUCUAAAAUACGCAUCAGAUACGAAGACAAUUAUUGAAGCAACCACUUGCCUCUCAGAGAUAGGAAAUUAUGAUUUAAAAACAUUAGUAACAGUGCCAGCAAAUAACACCACCAGGAUAGUAAAUAUUCAGCCGCAAGACUAUUUUGCGAGCACAGUAAUGAUGUCUGUCUCAGAUAUUUUAUUCGAUGAAAAUCCUAAUGUUACUAAUAAAGCAGCUAUAACAUUGAAUAGUUUAUUAAAAUUUCAAGAUGGCAACAACGCUCGAUGCGUUGCGGAUAUUCAAGAAUUAACUAAACAUAUAUUGAAACCGUUUGAGUGUUCCGAGCCAAAUAAGGUCGCUGUUUUUAAAAUUCACUUAGAAUUAUUUAUUUCGUAUAGUGAACAGCAUUCUUUUUGGGUACCUAAUCGAAAUGAAAAACAUGAACAAUGGCUAAUACGUGUUACAACCGUUACAUUGAUUAUUUUGUGUUCUGGUACCAAUUAUCUCAGUGAAUUACACAACGUGUGUCUUUUAAAGGCUAGUGUGUGUCAGAAAAUUUUGCCACCUUUAAUUGGUUUGCUGCUUUAUUGUGCUAAGAAAAAUCAUGUAAAAGUUAUCUCUGGCCAUAUUAAUAGCUUUUUUAAUAACAUAUGGGAAACGACUUUUGCUAGUAAAGUCGAAAACAGUGGAGACAGUAUCGUAAACAACACAGCGUCAAAUAUUCUGGAUCGUGAUCAUAAAAUGGUCAUUCAAUACAUGCUAGAUAUUGUUAACUUUAUUCGUCUACAAAGUAAAUUUUAUCCAACUAGAUUAAAUUGUUCGGCCGAAACAUUGAAUACGUUGAACCUUGAAUAUGACAAAGUGGCAUGGGCAGCGACUGUCAUCGAUCAGAAUUUAGUUGCCAUAUAUUAUAGUGAGCUUUGGGCGAUGUAUCAAAAUGAUAAAGUUCCACCAUCUUCGCCUGAAGCUACCACAGUCUUGGACGGCGGCAAAGACAUUCAACGUAUAAUGAGAAAGUGUUAUGUUUCUAUUGGGGAAAUGGACGCCAUUGAAGGCUGCGGCACAGCCCAUUUGACUAUCGAAGAUGAGAGACGCAAACACCUUAUAAAUUCUGGUCAAUAUACGGACGCGCUGUUGUUGUACGACAUCGGACUUUCGGGAGGAGGGCACAACAACAUGGAACUGCACUACGGUACUCUGAAAUCGCUUCAAAAGUCCGGAAUGUACCAUACAGCUUUACAGCACAUCAAGUCUUUGCCAGAAUCAGAUGAACUAAAUGAUUUGAAGUAUGAAUGCUUGAGUUCACUGGGUGACUGGAGUGAUAUUGUAGACACUCGAAGUUUGCAAGAGAAAUUUGAAGAGAGUAAUUGUAAUCCUCAAUCUAUUAUAAAAGCAUUUCGGUACGCUUGUCUCAAAGAUUGCCUAACCUUACAAGUUACACCUAAAUUGGACAAUAGACUUGUUGUACCUCUUAACAGAGCGAAGCUUGCGGUAUCUAGGUUAUGCCAGGAUCUUAAUAUGGAAAAUUGCCAAAAUGUAUAUAAAGUAUUAACAAAGAUCCACCUGUUUUGUGAUAUUGAAGAUUAUUUCGCCGUAAGAACAUAUGAACUUCCAAUAGAAACAUUGCUUAGUAAAUGGCGAGUUGAAAAACUGCCAGCAUUUCAUGAUUUUAAGCACCUAGAAGAUCUAAUAAGUCAACGGAAUAUGAUGCUCGAAAAUGCAGCAAAGACACAUGUUGGAGUUGUGAAAGAUAUUAUAUCGUUACAGUUACAGUAUGUUGAACUUAGUCUAACUAAUCAACGAGUCCAAAUGGCACAACGACUUUUAGCAGCAGUUAAAAAGUUGGAGUCGUCGGAACAAAUAGUUCUAUUAGAGAGUCAAAUUUCUUGGGCUAAAGGACAUAAAGAUAUAGCCCUGUCCUUGUUACGUGACGUCGUUUCCAAUAACAACCCUUCGGCGAUAUCAUUAAGGCAAUUUGGCUUAUGGAUGGCCGAGUCGAAAUGUGAUAGUCCUAGGGAUAUUAUAGAUAAAUAUUUAAAAAGAAGCCUUGACGUUUUAAAUAAAAGCGACGAUACAAAAACAAUGUUGAAAUUGUAUAAUGACAUUGCAAAAUUCAGUGAUGUCGAAUAUAAGAAGGUGGUAUCAUACAUGAAUUCUUCAGUAUUCCAAAACAAGGUGGAAUGUUUAAAAAAAAUGAAGGAAACAGUGAAUUUGUCUCAAGUUGCACAGGAUGGCUUAACUGAUGAGGAUAGAAUAGAACUAAGAACAAAUGGAAAAUUUAUGCAAUUGGAUGAAGCAGAAAUCAGUUUCACCAAAGCUGAAAAAGAAAGCUUUUUGUAUUCUGCAAUGAGAUAUUAUUUACUAUCUUUGAAACAAUGUGAGGAGAGCAAUCUGUCUGUAUUCAGAGUCAUCUCUCUGUGGUUUGAUAAUCCUAAUUUGGUGUUAGAAGAGGGCGACUUUAAAGAUUUAUUAGAUGAAAUACCUUCUCGCAAGUUUAUAACCGUAUUGCCGCAGCUAGCUCCUCAUCUAACUAAUGAAGAUACUGUGUUUGCUGCAAAUUUACGAAAUAUAAUAAAGCGAUGCGCAAUAGAACAUCCGCACCAUACGCUUCCAAUUCUGUUCAGUUUAAAGAACUCCGAUAAGGACAAAUUUAUAUUGAACACUAGUACGACGAACAUUGGUUAUCGAACACAGUACAAGCGAUCGCAAGAGCCACGCGUAAUAGCAGCCGACAAUCUUAUUAAAGAAGUGGCGAACGAAAGUGCCACGUUGUCUACUAUUGUAACGCAGAUGGAGAAAUUAUGUGAUGCGAUGAUAAGUUUUGCUAAUUACAAAAUAAAGUCAAAAGAGGCUAAACAAAGAGUUCCAUCAGCAGAAAAUAUUAACAACCUGGGUCGGUUGGAUGCUAUAACUAUACCUACAAUCUCUCUGCCAAUCAAACAUGAUUGUGAUUAUAAUUAUUUUCCCACUUUAGUAUCAUUUGACAAGUAUUUCGAACUGGUGGGAGGGAAAUCAUAUCCAAAAAAAAUAAGUUGCAGAAGUUCAGACGGAAGCUUAAAAAUUUUAUUAAUAAAGGAUAAAGAUGAUCUAAGACAAGACGCUGUAAUGCAACAAGUGUUCAGUAUUGUUAAUACUUUAUUAGAAAAGAACACAAUAACUUGCAGAAACAAAUUAACCAUCCGCACUUAUAAGGUAGUGCCAAUGUCACGUCUAUCUGGGGUACUGGAGUGGUGCGAAGGUACAAUGCCCAUUGGAACAUAUUUGUCUGGAAAUAAUGGAGCCCAUUCACGUUAUAGACCUCAGGAUAUAACAAGCAACGUCGCGCGGCAAAAACUUGCAAAAUGUCACGAUGAAGGAAGAAGUAAUGAAAUAAAAUUAAGAGUGUUCCUUGCUAUUUUAAAUAAUUUCAAACCAGUGUUUCAUUACUUUUUUACGGAACAUUAUUUAGAUCCUGUUACGUGGUAUGAGCGGCGUUCUCUGUACACAAAAAGUGUUGCUGCAUCAUCUAUGGUUGGCUACAUAUUAGGAUUGGGUGACAGACAUGUAAAUAAUAUUUUAAUUGAUAAAAAUAGCGCAGAAGUCGUUCAUAUAGACUUUGGUUAUGCUUUUGACCAGGGAAAAAUUUUAAGAACUCCAGAGACGGUACCCUUUCGCUUGACUCAAGACAUUAUCGCUGGAUUUGGAUGUAGCGGUGUUGAGGGAAUUUUUAGAAGAUGCUGUGAAAAAACAAUGCAACUUCUUAGAGAUAAUCAGGAGACAUUAUUGACAAUACUGGAAGUAUUGUUGUAUGAUCCAUUAUACUCAUUGACUUCAAGGCAAAAUAUUCAGUCUGCCACAGGGAAUGCAGCUGUAUGUGUGGCUGGUUCAGAUCGGCAUCAUUUAGCUGAGCGUGCGUUAUUGGCAGUUAGCAGCAAGCUUAGUGGUACCGAGGGUGGCAUCGCUGGAGGAGUUUCGGUGCCGGGCCAAGUCGCCCGCUUAAUACAUACUGCAACUGAUCCAGCUAAUCUUUGUCGUCUUUUUCCAGGGUGGCAACCCUAUUUAUAAACUAUAGAAUGGUGUAAUCGAUGCAUGUAUUGAAUUCAAUUUUUAUUUUAUUUUUGUACCAUGGUUACCAUAGUUUUUAAUUUUAUAAUUGAUUUUAAAUAGAGUUAUUCUGAUUUACCUUUUCAUUUAUAUAGACUAAAGUUGGCAGUGUAUUUUAGUCAUGUAGAAAUUUAAUAAUAACUUUAUUUUAUGGAGAAAAUCGGUUUCUAAAAUGUUUGAUUACAACACAAAGUAUCAGAUUUUAUCUACUAAUAAUAAAAACCGAUAUAGAUUUUUUGCCAUCAAUGAUUAAUUGAUAAUAUUCUUAUGUGUAUAACAAGGUACUAAUUGUGAUACAAUAAUGGCCUUAAUGUUCAAAUUAUUAUGUACUUUUUCUCUAUUAUUAUUAUAAUUUUAGUCUAGUCUAUUCUGGUUUUAGACCUCUUUUUUUGUUAAUCUAGUUAUGUCUCUAGCGAUAAGUCCUCGUGUCUUUCGUCUGUAUUUUUAUAUGGCCUUAGGUUAUAUGUAAGCAGAGUAUGAGAAAGAGUUCGUCAAACUGAAUAAUUUUCAUGUUUAUAAAUUUAACAAUUUUAUAUAAACAGAGAUUUUUUUAAACGACUGAUGUUAGAAAUUUAACUGCAAACCUAUAAUGAAAGUAAAAAUAAUUUUGUUAAUAUAUCGUAUGUGAGCGAGAUACAUGAAAUAGAACAGAAAUUAAUACACGCCGGAUGCUGCUUGGAUAAUCCAGCUGAAUUUCCUUUUAAUAUUUUAUUGUUAGUUUUAAAUGUACCUACAAAAUGUUAUCAAACCUCAUUUAUAUAAUUAAAUAAAAAAUAUGAUUGCUUUAAAUAAAUAAAUUUUGUUUCUUUGUAAUUUUA